AUGAGUGCUUUCACAUCUUCUCCUCUGACAGUUCCAGAAGUUUCCCAUAAAAUGACUACUUUGCAAAACCUUUUAAAUGAAAACGCCUAUGAAGUUGGACCUUUUAGCAUAUCCGGUCGUUUACAAGACAAAGUUGAUGAAAAAGUCGAAAUCGAAUUGAGCCAUAUUGAAAAGCCUGUGACUAUUUGCUUUAGUAGUGGUGCCUGUGCCAAAUUUCAAAAGCCAACUCCACUGGCUAUUGAUUGCUCAGAGGUCGUCAAGUUUCUCAAAAAAUUGUCGGCUAAUUCACACAGUGAUUUUGAUCUCCUUGCUCAGUCUUUGGUUGGUAGCCUGGAUGUUCACUUCGGUGAUCUUGUAGCUUUCGACAGGUCUACAUAUGUUGCCUUGACGGCAAAUAGCCUUGACUUCGCUGAGCGAGCAAAACUUACCAACGCUUGCGCUGGCCAAUCCAAGCCCAUUUGUCUUUACAUUUCUCCAUUUGAUAAUGACUUCUUUCAUGUGAUUACUCGUAUUUUGAGAGCUUUAAUUCGUUGUAAGCCUGUUAUCAUUUACUGUGCAUCGCAACGUUUAAUGGUUCCUCUUUUUGCCUUUAUGCACUGUGCUAUUGUUGCUGGUGCUCCGGCCGGAAUUCUCAGCUUUCUGCCCUUAAAUAAGAUAGACUGGAAGAAUUCCUACUUCUCCUCUAUUCAAAUGGUUAUGAAACCAGCUGAUUUGGACAGUGCUACUCGAGCAAUCGUAAAGAGUGCCACUUAUCAGGCUGGUACCACUUCAUGGCGUCCAACCAUUGUCCUAAUCGAACAGAGUUAUGAAACCGAUUUCCACAACAAGGUUAAGAGUCUCAUCUCUGCUGCAACCGGUAGUAAUGGCACUUUGAAUGGAAAUUCACAUCUUCAAAAUAACUGCGUCAUUCCAUCUUACUUGAAAGAGGAUCUUGACGAGUUCCUCAAACUAGCUGAAAAUGACUCAGGAGAAAUUAUUCGUCCCUGUGAUGAAACAGGCCCCGUUUUUAUCUUCGGUCUAACUCCUGCCUCAGCAAUGUUGGAUAAUUCCAAGUGUUUCCCUCUUGGUCCAUACUCUAUUGUCUUACCCUUCAGAACAGUUAAUGAAGGUCUCAAAUUAGCCAAGUAUUUCAGCGACAGAGAAACUCGUUUCCUGGGAGCUGGGGAGUACACAAGCUGUAUUCCCAAGUCGGCCACCAUUUGGACAGAAAACUCAAGCCUCUCACUGCAAGUGCUAAGCAAAUUAUCUGGCUAUAAUGUACUCGGAGUAAACUGUGGUGUUAACCGUUUAUCUGCUUCAUUCAACCUUUCUGAAUGCUCUGUAGCCACUCCAUCUAUCCAUCUUUGUGGUCUACCAGUUCCUGUUAAUGAUGUCUUCCAAAAUGUCAAUGCAUGCGCUGCGGCUGAUUUAGCUAAAACCAUUUCUGCAACAGAAAAGCUAUCUGCUGCCUGGAGGAAGAUUUCUUUCGAACGCCGUUUGGCUGUCUUUACAGCUCAUGAAGAAUUCUCAAGCCUGACCCCCACCUUAAAGAAACUUAACUCUGAUAGUAUUGCUCAAAUGGCCCCAUCGUCUUCUCAUCUUACUCUUGGUGACCAAUUAGACUGCGCUUUCAGUAGCAAGCGUUUGUGCUUGCUUCGCAAGUGGCAAAAUCCUUGUGGUGCUGUAACCAUUACCCUCAUGUCUAAUGAACUUCUUCCUAGCCUGAAAGAGCUUGUUCUCUCUACAAUUGUUCUUGGAAAUGUUGUCAUUCUGGCUGUACCCGAAUCAAAUGCUGUCUCAGAAGCGGUUCGCAACUUCUGCAAUACUAUUGUCAAGUUGGUUGCUAGCUCUUCUCCCACUAUAGCAUCUCUUGGACCGAUUGUGCAAGUGAAACAGAUGAAAGUUUGUCCCAAGGAUAUUUCUUUAGCUCUUUCUAGUCUUCCUAUUGCUGGAACGCUCUGCGUCUCGGCUCCCGAAGAUGAAGUACCGACUGCUGAAAUGAGUGUUGAAAACUUGUGUCGUUUCACCUCAGUAUUCUGGUCUGUUGGAGGUGAUCUCUUCGCCAAUUAA